UGCAUCUCUUCUACAGGGGAGAGAAAGCAGAUCUGAUAUUCCCCUUUCACACCACACACAGCUUGCAUCCCGCACAGGACAUCUCCCCAUCGCCGAGCAUCACUUUGCCUGCUCCCCCCACCUCUACACUCACUGUCACCUCUCGCUGUCACCCCACCUCUGCCUUCUUCAUACCAAGGAAAACCCGUAGCAGCGUCUCUGCAAAGCUGAGCAUUUCCCUGGCACUUAUUAGAUUAGGAAUAUCACUGCUCUCGCACACACGCACACACUCAGAGAAGCCCUUACAGCCUGGGUAUACGGAGUACCUGCUUGACAUGCUGUACUGAUUCACCUGGCUGGGCACAUCUGCUACAAAGCAAGGAUCUUGCACUGAGCACUAACCCCCUGACUGAGCUUCCAGUUUGUCCAACAACUUGCACUUCCCAGUGACUCCCCGUAGGAGCCUCACCCCGCCACCACACACUUACUAGACCACACUUCCAGACAAGGGCAACACCUAUGCACAUAUUUCAUAAUAGAUUAUAAAUUGCCUGCACUAGGCAGCACCCCUCUGCACUGAGCUUACCAACCGUCAGCUGCCAAUCUCCCCCCCGCAUCUCAGCUUCUCUCUUGUUUCCAGCCUCUCCUCCCUUAUCCUGGAACCUUUCCAUACAUCUCUCAUGCCAUUGCCUUCUGUUCUUGCAUACCUUGCUCUGUUAGUGAGGGCAGGGAUUUGGGCGGCUCUGACACAGAAGUGGGCACAGGGCAGGGGGCAGAGCCAGGGAUAGACUGGGGAACUAAGUGACGCACAUAUAUCCAGAUCAAAAGGAAAAAAGAAGGAGGGAUUCAGGGGACAGUAAGAUAGAUAGGCUAGGAAGGGAGAACUGAAAAGAAGAUAGAGAGAGGAUUAUAAUGUGAGGGUUUGUGUGAAGAGAGCAUCUGUGUGCAAUAUAUUUAUUUAGAGAACCCAUGGGAGAUAGUAACAGGGUGGAAAGGUCCAUUGCAGAGUUCCUUUAUGAUAGAUUAUCCAUACCUUCAGUGGCAGCUGGCCCAUCUGUGAAAUGGAUGGAUCAUUUUCAUCAUUAGAUUUUCAUCUAAUCCUACAUCUCGCAGGGAGGAUAUCUCUUGUAUAAUCUCUCCCAGAAGAAGAAAUGGCAGUGCUAUGGUGGGUGCUUCUCUGGUGCCAUCAUGCCCAGCAGAUUGUCCAUGCCAACGAGAGCUUCCCAUGGACAACAAAUGCUAAGGAGUGGAUGCCAGCACCAACACCCACUCCACUCUCCACAACUUCGCCUGGCUUGCCCAGCACCUCCUUUCCUUCCGCUGUCUCCUCAUUAGCGGUCUCUGCCCCGGCAGACACUGCUUCAUCUUCUCCAGAAUCGACAUCAUCUCUUCCAUUUUCCCCUUCUACCUCCUCCACUUCUUUUUCAGUGACUACCCUGGCCCCUUCCCCUGAUGUAGACAAGGCAGAUGAGGAAGGCAGCAAAGCAGCUCUAAACUUUUUACACUCAGGGGACCACCUUUUGCUUUCAGAAGCCAAUUGUUCAAAAAGUUUUGAGCUCACUGACCUGCAGGGACCACCGCCAGAGACGCUUCUUUCCCACAUUAGGGGGCCACAAGAUUCUCUGCUCCAUGCCACCAACUUCCUCAACAUGAUUUUCCAGGCCAGUGACAUGCGUGAGUCAAGCAUAAAGGAGGACAUGGAGUGGUACCACGCUUUGGUGAGGAGCCUGGCAGGGGGACAACCAAACAUUCGACGAGCCCUGCUUUCCCUCACUGCACACCCAAUGUCCUCCAAGCCCUUGCUGCUUCUCCGGGCCACAAAGAAAGGCCACGAGAUUCUUUUACAAGAUCUUUCUUCCGAUUUCUACCAUGGAAGGCACAAAGGGAACUGGGGGUCAUGGGACAAUUUCCAUGCAAGCUCCUCCUUGACUAAGGCAAUUCUUUUGAAUGACCUCAGAAGCCUUGACACACCAAAAUGGAGCAGAGGGGACAGCUACAUUGUAGACCUCAGCCAUGUGCGGUGGUCCAAACCUUUCCUGGAAUGUGAGGGGGGACACUUUUUGCAAGGAUGGAUGAUCUCCCUCUCCACAGCGUUCUAUGGGCUGAAGCCUGAUCUAAGUCCGGAGUUUAAGGGAACCUUACGCGUGGAUGUGCAGCUGUUGAACCUGGGAAUCGAUCAGUGCGCCAAAGGACCCGGCUGGUUUGCAAACAGCCACAGCUGUGAUGAGAACAGUACACAGUGCAUAUCGGAUGAAAAAGACGGCUCCAUCUUGGGCAGGUACCGAUGCGUGUGCCAGCCUGGCUAUUACAGGACACGGCAUGAGGGCUCAGAGAUUUCUAACGUGGCUUGUCGGCCAUGCAGCGAGGGCUGCGCGACUUGUGUGGAUGGAAGCCCCUGCCUGGUGGAUGAGGAUUGGGCUCUCCGUGUUACCGUACUCUCAGUGCAGGCCACGGGGAUGCUGGCGGUGUUCCUGAGCAUGUUGGUGUCUUACAGCUUCCGGGACAGCAAAAGAAUACGUGCAUCUGGACUCAUACUCCUGGAGACUAUCCUGUUUGGCUCUUUGCUGCUCUACUUUCCAGUGUUCAUCCUAUACUUUAAGCCCAGUGUUUUCCGAUGCGUGGCUCUACGCUGGGUCCGUCUGCUGGGAUUCUGCAUUGUCUAUGGAACCAUUGUCUUAAAACUGUAUAGGGUAAUGAAAGUGUUCCUCUCGCGCACGGCUCAGCGGGUCCCCUACCUGACGAGCAUGCGUUUGCUGCGCAUGUUGUUUGUCUUCCUGCUGUUCUGCAUUUGGUUCCUGGUGGGGUGGACUGUGGGCGCACUAGAGAACCUGCAGCGAGGAGUUCCGGUGGUUAUCCGCACGCAAACCCGAGAGGGCCUUGUCUUUUACACUUGUGACCAUGACCGGUGGGAUUACAUGAUGUCUAUAGCUGAGGUGCUCUUUCUUUGCUGGGGAAGCUUCCUGUGCUAUGGAGCCCGAUCAAUUCCUUCUGCAUUUCAUGAACCGCGUUAUAUGGGAAUUGCAAUACACAACGAGAUGAUUGUCUCAGCCGCAUUCCAUGUGCUCAGAUUUCUUAUUGUCCCAUCACUUCAUCCUGAUUGGACGUUACUUCUGUUCUUUAUUCAUACCCAUGGGACAGUCACCAUGACACUCACGCUGUUGUUCAUACCGAAGUUUCUACAUGCAGGGGUCCCACCACGUGAAGAGAUAGCCACUGAAGUCUAUGAGGAUGAGCUGGACAUGAGACGCUCUCGAUCGAACCUUAAUAGCAGUAUCACAUCAGCAUGGAGCGAGCACAGCCUGGACCCCGAUGACAUCCGGGAUGAGCUGAAAAAGCUUUACGCGCAACUAGAAGUACACAAAACCAAAAAGAUGACCAUAAACAACCCUCACCUCCAGAAAAAACGCAGCUCCCGCAGAGGGCUUGGCCGCUCAAUUAUGAGACGCAUUACUGAAACCCCAGAUUCGGCAAACCGACAGAGCACACGAGAAGACAAAGAGGGUUCCCCUGGCUCCAGUGGGGGGCAGCGGCGGAAGCAGCAGGAUAGCGGUAGUGUUAAGCAGAGGGAAGAGUCACUACGACAGAGGGUACUUUCUUUACGUAAGUCGCACAGCACGUACGACCAUAUGCAGGAGUGUAAGGACGCUGGACCGCCCUCGCCACGAGAGAGUUCCACCCGGGAUCCCUCACUACGGGAUUCUGUUAUGAGAAGGAAUCUUGCCAGGAAUGUCUCCAUGCGCUCCCGUGGUGACUCUCUAUGCCAUGCCCCUCUGGUCUGUAAGUCUCUUAGUGCCCACAACUUACUGGCUGAUAAAAAGCCACUCAGUGUCCGUCCUGGUCCCCUUCAAAAGUCCCACAGUGUGAUGGGCAGCGGCAAGGGUCCACUUGUUGGAGCCGCUGAUAUUAUGGCAGAACGGACCAUGGAAGGAAGCAGGAACCCCCUUCUAGGCGGCAGCUUUGACAAAGCAGAGGUUUGCCCAUGGGAAGUGCAAGAACUCCCUCCACCAUCUGAGAGUCGCUCUCAGAAACAUGUAACCUAUGCCCCUGGUAAAUGCAGCAGCUUAGACAGUUCACUUAGUUCAGAAAAGACAAACAUUUCAAGAAAAAGGGGUGAUAUAGGGAGUAAGCACCACAGCGUGGGGGGCGGUGAGGAAAUCAAGAGCCCAAGCCACGUUGGAAACAAAUAUGGGCAAUCACAAGGUGCCACCACUAAACAAGACACAGAUCCUUCCUCCGUUACAGUAAAACCUGGAACAGGUUCAAUCGAUUCAGAAGGGCUGAAAACAAAGGCAUCGAGCCUGAAAAGCAAAGAUACAGCAGAGAAGAAUGCAGAUACCUUAAAGCCGCUCCAUAAGAGCACCCUGAAAAGCCUAGUUCUGGCAGUCAGAGCAUUUAAAGGCAAAGAGCUGAAGGACAAGGGCAAACAGCAAGCCAGUGGAGAAGGUAGCCCCUUAAAGAAUAAAAUGGAAGAAAUCUGCCCAUGGGAGACACAAUCAAAUAAUGCUAAUAUUAAGAAUCAAAAACCUGAUGUCCUGAAUUUGUCAGAGAAAGGAUCAUUGUGCCCCUCUCCCAAGCAGGAUGUACCCAAAUCCAACAAAAGUAAAGAGGAGACAACCUCUCCAAAUCCAACAACCAAGGAGGCUACGCCUAUCAGAAAGCUGGAAAGGAUGAGCCAGUUGAGAGACGCAGUCUGUCCAUGGGAAAGCAUGGAGGGGCCACAGAAUGUUACACAUAAAUCUAACAGUGUAGAAAGUAGAAGAAGUGAGAUAUGUCCAUGGGAGAGUACAGACAGCGAGGGUCCUGGAGGCCUUCUCAGUCAGUCAGGGAGCAACCUAUCCUUUCCCAGCCCAAGUACCAAAGUAGUAAAGGGCCAGAAUGGAGGUGAAUGGGAGGGGGAGCAGAGGAGUCAGAAAGCUGACAUAUGUCCAUGGGAAGCGGGACAGGAAAAAGAUCCAAAAACAGAGGCAUGGAGAGCAAAAAAAGCAGUAAGCUUAAAAGAACAAGUUUGUCCCUGGGAAGACACGAAAGAGGAAAAGCCGAGAUCAGAGAUUUGCCCAUGGGAGACUAGUGAUGUAGAAAGUGUGCCUUUGGGAGGCAUCAGUGGGCGCAGCCUGGCAAUAAAAUUAGAGGAGCUAGGUAGGCAGAGGGAUGCAGUCUGCCCAUGGGAAAGUGAAGAGUCAGGGGGCUCUCCUGGACCACUCAGUCAGUCACACAGCAAAACAUUUGAUGCAAGCCUAAUCAAGUCUAAGACUUCAGACAGCAUUGACUUGGAGGCACGUAGGGGGGAAAUAUGUCCCUGGGAGAGUCUAGAUUCAGAAGGGACACCUGCAGUUAUGAGCCAGUCCCAAAGCCACACCUGGGAGCCAGCAAGCAAAGAGCUAGGAGAACCCUGUCCUAAGAUGUCCCCUCAGCCCAAUAAGGCUUGCCAGGGCAGAAUGUCACAGAGUAAGCAGAAUUCUCUUUGCAGCUUGUCGAGUGAGGAUACACAGCCAUUAUCAAAAAUCUUAAGCAAAAGCGAAGGUCGGAUUGGUGAUCUGUAUUUUCCAGCAACACCCACGCCACACACCAAGCGCUGGCAACACUCUCUGCGGGAACAGCGUUCUGGUUGUACCGGAGAGCUGAGAUUUUCCGUCUCACAGCAACAAGGGCACAUUGAGCAAAGUACAGCCGCAGGAGGGGGCGAAGAUACCGGCAACCUGGCAGAUAUAUGCCCUUGGGAAGUUCAAGAGAAGCCCACUGAGAGCCAGGCCAACACUAGGAAAUCAGAGGUCUGUCCCUGGGACUUCCAGUAACUGUGGUUUUGAAACCUCCAUCGCUAAAUGGAGCGCUGCCGAGAAAAAUGGAAAAAAUAUGACUGAGGCAAAUGUAAAUAUGUGGGUUUUUAGGGUGCUCUCUGAGAAUAAUAAAGGAGGAAGGCUCACAGGAUGGUAUAAUAAUAUGCACAUAAAGUAUACUGUAUUUUACACGAGAAAAAAAGUACUGAUAGGGGUUAGGCAAAAAUGUUGAGAAGCAAGUUUAUAUUUUGUUUGCUGAAAUUACUUUACAGUCAGAGAAUAAACAUGAAGCUACAGGUUAAAAUGCAUCCUUUGUCUGUGAUAAGAGCUCAUCAAAAUAAAACGAUUCUCUCUCUUU